AUGACAGACGCCGACAAGCUUGAGCCUCCCAAGAGUGCUCCCGUGGAGGACCCCGGGGCCCGCGAGCUUGCUGAAGAAUCCGAGUCUGAUGAUCAAUUUACGGACGCUGCUUCUGGUUCUGGAAGCCCUAGGAUCAGCUCACCAAUUCCCAUAACUCGGGUCGAAAAAGUCGAUGAUCAACCUUCACACGGCGAGGUUCCCGGGACUCAUGCGUAUGAGUUGCGAGGACAAGAUGCUCAACCUGACGAGAUCGCAAUUGCCCCAGAAACAACCGCAUCCGAAGAUGCCCCCCCGACUCCCAAAGUCAGCCCUCCUACGACUGUUGUAGAGGAGGCUCCUGGGGCCAGAAGCCGAUCGCAUUCCAUUCAGUACGAGGAGAGGCGCAAGGCAGAUGCAUCCCCAGAUAUUCUCGUGGAUUCUGAUGGGCAAGUCAAGGAGAUUCAGGGCGAGAGCACAAGUGUGGAAAGCAAUUCUGAUAAUUCAACACCCUCGCCCGAUCUUACAAACUCGAAAUUACAAGAUGAACCUUCCGAGGAACCUAGCGCUCUAGCUUCUUCUUUGCAAAAUGGUGACGGUGACCAUGAAGAUGACGGCAAGGAAGAGAAUGAUGAUGACAAUGACGAAGACGAAGAUAAUGGCGAUGACGACUUUGGUGACGACUUUGACGAUUUUGAAGAGGGUAACGAAGAUGACGAUUUCGACGACUUUGAGGACGGAUUUCAAGAAGCAGAAACUCCAGCGCCUACUGCUGCGGCACAACCCACGCCGCAAUCUACAUUACCAUUUCCCAUACCCGACUUUGACGGCAUCGAUGUAGAAGGAGUUCUAAAUGCAUUGGAACCCUUCCUUGCUACACUGUUUCCCCCGGAAGAACUCGACCUCCCCCAGUUCCCUCCUCUAUCCAAAGACUCAGUAUUCUUUACGCCACGAUCAGCAUCCUUGUGGUCACAACUUGUUGCGCCUCCGCCUCUUGCGCCUCCCGAUUGGAUCCGUUCCCGAACACGCCGCCUAUUCCUUGUCUCACUAGGUGUACCUGUCGACUUGGACGAGAUUCUCCCGGCUUCCAAACAAAAGAAACUCGUCCUUCCAUCAUUGAAUGUCCCUACGCUCUCCCCUCGAAACUCUUCGGAUUCUCGAUCUGUCUCCCGGUUGCGGCAAGGCGAGGGCAACAAUUCGUCUACGUCAGUCGACACUCAAGGAAAGCCUUCUGCAUCAUCAAGAAAGCGUCGUGGCCCACCACCACAGCCGGAGCUGGAUCUCGUGGCUGCUCGUCACCUUUGUCAAACUACUGAUGAAGCGCUUGACGGUAUGACUGAUGAUGAACUCAAGGCUCACAUCGCCAAACUGCAAGGUUUGGAAGAGGCAGCAAAGGAGGCGCUGGAGUAUUGGAAAAAGAGGACAGACGAAAAGAUUGGGGAUAGGGAAGCCUUCGAAGGGGUUAUAGAAAACUUGGUCAAACACGCGCGCAAAGUUCGCAAAUAG